AUGGGCUGGGUUCUGCACGCCACAGAGGAAGCCGAGCGCGUCUCGGAAUGGCGCAAGAUCAUUGCCAUCUGCGUCGCUCUGGGGGUGAUUGCCAGCGCAGUGGUCAUAUCGCGUCUGUAUAUCCGGUACAAGAACCGUGGUCUGGCCAGCGAUGACUGGGUGUCGUUCGUUUCCAUGGUGUUUUCCAUCAUCUACUCUGCCAUGUGCAUUGCGCAGACGAGGUACGGUCUGGGACUUCCUCUUCGUCUUCGUCCGAAGAAGGACCUCGUCACGUAUACGCGCAUCAACUAUGCUGGAAGACCGUUCUACCAGUUGGGCAUCAGCUUCUUCAAGAUAGCCCUCUUGAUCAGCUACCUUCGUCUGCUCAACGGUACAGACCACAGCAGGUACCGGGCUGUCGUGUGGUUCACCAUCGUGGCCGUCUUCUUGUCGCACUUUGCCUGUACCCUCGUCCUCAUCUUUGCAUGCAAGCCGGUCGCCAAGUCAUGGAAUCCGUACAUGGAUGGGUCGUGUCUGGCUCCUGGCCCGUCAUUCACGGGCUACGCUGUCGUCACCAUCGUCGCUGAUAUUGUCGUCGCCGUGCUACCUGUCCCCGUCUUGUGGAAGCUGGAGAUACGGCUCUCCAAGAAGCUUGGUCUCAUUGGUAUCUUCGGCCUGGGAAUCUUCACCACGGUAUGCGGCAUCAUGCGAUACACGCAGAUCGAUCGCAUCACGGACCCAAACGAUGGAAAUUCGACCAUGUUGGUGCUCUGGGGCACCAUCGAAUUCAACGUCGGCAACAUGGUGUCGUCUCUACCAUUUCUUGCGCCCAUCUUUCUCAGGAAGGCUCGCCAGUAUCGCUCCAAGCACUCUGACGAAUACAACACACCCAACACAAAGAAUCGGAGCCAUCACGGCUUCAAGAGCAGCAACGCAUACAAGCUCAAAGACAUGAGCCACGGACGAAACACGACCGUAUUCACGUCCGCGGCGAAUAAAUCGCGCAGUGGGAGCGAGGAGAACAUCCUACAGGGAUCCAACGGCAUCAUGAAAUCUGUCACAUACACUGAUACCAGCACCAGCAACAGCGUAGGAUCAACCUACAUGUAG